AUGGCGAAGGUAGCAACCGACUUUGAGAAGAUCAUCCAACAAGGACGAGAGAGGAAGAAGAACGAGGCGCUGGCACAGAAGAUUUUCUCCAAGGAUAGACGGCAGAGCGCGCCUUCGAAGCUCAAGCCCGGUGCGGGGCCGUCGCUGGCGAGUCGAGUCGGCAUCACGAAAAAGCGGCGAACCGCAUCCCUUGGUCCCAAGGCUCUUCCUGCUGGCAACAUCGAUGGCGACUGGACACAUGACCUCCACGGAACGGUGAAUGGCGGCGGUGGCGGUAGAGGACGAAAUAACAACGGCCAUAGCGCCGGCGCAGGCGGUCUCGCUUCGCGCAUCUCUGCGCCGGGAGGAGGAGGACGAUCCGCGCCCAUCGCGGCGUCGAACGGCAACGGCAACAACAGCAACAGACGACGCGCCGGGCAGAAGGCGGCGAGAGUGGCUGCCGCGCUUGAGCGCUCUGGCGCCAUGGCCGACGUGCAGAUGACCUCCGUCGCGAACGUGGUGCCCACGGGACCGGCGAUCAAGCAGGGCCUCUCUAUCAGAGGGCUGGCGGGGCCGUUCGCGGUGAUGGCGCAGAACUUUGCGCCGGGGACGACGGCGGCGGAUAUCGAGAGCGCGAUGACGCCCGUCGGCGGGGAGAUGCUGGAUUGUCGGAUCAUCAAGACGACGCCUCUGAUUCUGGCGGAGAUGGUCUUCGCGACGAAGGAGGGCGGUGAUGCGGUCAUUUCUACGUUCAACAACCAGACGGCGGAUGGUCGCAUAAUCAAAGUCUACCCCAAGCCCGGCGGCUACAAGGAGCCCAGCGCCCGCCCCGCGAACCCUCGUUCGACGUCGAGCAACUUUGUCGACGGCAUGAACGGAUUCCCCGAAGCCAUGGAGGAGGAUAACGGCGGCUUGUACAGCGAUGACCUCGUCCGCAAGGCCGGCGGCAACAACAACAACAACAACAACAACAACAACAACAACAGCAGCAGCAGCAACAACAACAACCGCAGAGGACGUAACUUCAACCGUGGCGGCAGGCGAUGA